AAAAAAAAACAUGAGAGAGAGAGAGAGUGAGAGAGGGGGAGACCUACUGCACAUCCGGCACUAAACAUGCAUGCUUCACUUUAGGUUUAAGGGGGGAAAAGGCAACCUUUAUCUGACAAGCUAUUUUUUUUGGCGUGGAAAAGACUGAGGAUCCUCAUCUUGCGCAUUGCCUUGUGGCGUGGGUGAUUCCAUUAUUUCAGUACAAUUUCUCUCUCUCUCGAUCUAUGUAUAUCUGCUCUACUGCAUGCCGCUUUGUUAUGCGCGGAUAAGGACGGCGUUAUAAUAGGGAGCCUCUCAGAAAAUGCAUGGAUCUGCCGCGGUCUUCGCUCUUCGAAACGGGUUGUUUGCAUCGCAUGUUAAUUCCCUUCGCCGAUUUUUCCCCCUGCACUUCUAGUUGACUCACAGCAUUAAAGAAGAAUCUGUGCACGAAAAAAAAAAUGAUCAUGGAUGUGUAUGUGAUGGGGGGUUGCCUGCCCUGCAUGCACGUGGGCGCAAAACCACGUUAAAUUAUCACAAUGAACGGAUAAAGCGAAAACGGUGCAUUUGUGAUAAUUUCUGCUCAUAGAGGCAUGAAGUGCUAUUGUGGAAUUUCUUUUACAUACAUUAAUUAGCGCUUAAUUGCUGCACCACGAUGCACAGCAGUAGUGAUGGAAUAUUCCACCUGGUAAUUUUAUUAUUCAUCGGGAUGGGCCAAAAGAAAUAUAUAUAUAUAUAUAUAUAUAAAUAGGCAAUUGAAUUAAAACGAUUGACAUCGUCACACUCAUGCCUUUUUCCUUUUUCAUAUGAUAAAACGAACAUCUUGUGGCUUAAAAAAUCAAGAUGGUGCAGACUCAAAAUGGCUUAAUUUUAAAGAAGGCGAGAGGGGAAAGGUGCGUGUUUUUGAACGCUAAAGAGGUUAAAAGUAGCGAUCAUGUUAAAUGAGCGCAUUGCCUGCUGCUUCCCUGCCUUGCAUCUUUGCAGAUGUAGCUUCAGCUUUACUGUCUCUGUAUCAGGAGUACCUUUGCUGCGGUUUUGUUGCAGGCAACGUCACUUCUCCUAAGGACACUCGGGGGACGUCAUAUUUUGCUGAUCUAAGCAUCUUUGGACCAUUACUGAGGAAGCCUUUCAAAGGAAAGAAAAGGCUGCCCCACCAUCUUCUAUGGUGCCCCAUUUGUCACCCCGCUGGAGGAGAGGGGUCUUCCGUGGAUCCCCAGUACCCCGUCAGUUGCUUUGAGAGAGUCUGUUCCGACCUCCUGCAGCUCACCGUGCAGGUAUCCUGGCAUCGACCACUGGACAGAGAUGUCAGAGAUGGAGGCAACUUUAGACUUCUCACUCCAUGGUGCGGGUGGUGAAAAUUUCAAGCGGCUCUGAGUCGGGACGAAGGCACCUCAGGGAUAGGCAGCAUCUUCUUCUGCAGUCUGCCUCUUCUCGGGUAUAAGGAGCAUCGCUCUUAAGGUCAUCACAGUCCAAGUGUUGGAGGUGGACCUUGGAGCUAGCAUUCCUUUGCUUUGUUCUUCUUGAUUCCUGACUGCCUAGAAGCUCUCUACAAAAGAGACCCUGAAGAGAAUUAAAGUGAAGAAGAAAAAAAGGAGGCUUGAUCUCCUGCUGACAUGACGGUUGCAACUGGGGACCCUACAGAUGAAGCAGCAGCCCUUCCAGGUCACCCACAGGACACCUAUGACCCAGAAGCUGACCAUGAGUGCUGUGAGAGAGUGGUCAUUAAUAUUUCAGGGCUGCGGUUUGAAACGCAACUCAAGACUUUGUCUCAAUUUCCAGAGACUCUUCUUGGAGACCCCAAGAAAAGAAUGCGCUAUUUUGAUCCUUUACGAAAUGAAUACUUCUUUGACAGAAACAGACCGAGCUUUGAUGCCAUUCUGUAUUACUACCAAUCUGGAGGGCGGCUAAGACGGCCUGUCAAUGUACCUUUGGACAUUUUCUCAGAGGAAAUUCGAUUCUAUGAGCUGGGUGAAGAAGCAAUGGAGAUUUUCAGGGAGGAUGAAGGCUUCAUUAAAGAAGAGGAGAGGCCUUUGCCAGAGAAUGACUUUCAGAGACAAGUAUGGCUGUUGUUUGAAUACCCCGAAAGCUCAGGGCCUGCCAGGAUUAUUGCCAUUGUUUCUGUGAUGGUCAUCCUAAUUUCCAUUGUCAGUUUUUGCCUGGAGACCCUACCUGUUUUUAGAAAUGAUGAAGAUGAUGUGCAGAAAGGAACUGUUUCCAACCAGUUUUCAAACAGCACCUCCAGCUACCAUUCAACUUCCUUCACAGACCCUUUCUUCAUCUUGGAAACCCUUUGCAUCAUUUGGUUCUCCUUUGAGUUUCUUGUACGCUUUUUUGCCUGCCCCAGCAAAGCUGGCUUCUUUGUUAACCUAAUGAACAUCAUAGACAUUGUUGCUAUUAUCCCAUAUUUUAUCACCUUGGGCACAGAGCUGGCCGAGAAGCCAGAAGAUGGCCAGCAAGGUCAACAAGCUAUGUCCUUGGCCAUAUUGAGAGUUAUCAGACUUGUCAGAGUCUUCCGUAUCUUCAAACUUUCCCGACACUCCAAAGGUCUCCAGAUUUUAGGACAGACACUCAAGGCCAGUAUGAGAGAACUAGGACUCCUGAUCUUCUUCCUCUUUAUAGGUGUCAUCCUCUUUUCUAGUGCGGUGUACUUUGCCGAAGCAGAUGAAGAGGAUUCCCACUUUGUCAGCAUCCCUGAUGCCUUCUGGUGGGCAGUUGUCUCAAUGACCACAGUGGGAUAUGGAGACAUGGUGCCCACAACAAUUGGAGGCAAGAUCGUAGGAUCCCUGUGUGCAAUUGCUGGUGUCUUGACCAUCGCCUUGCCAGUGCCUGUGAUUGUCUCCAACUUUAACUACUUCUACCACCGUGAGACGGAGGGAGAAGAACAAGCGCAAUACUUACUAGCCGCCAGCGUUCCCAAAAUUCCAUCCUCUGAGGAGCUGAAGAAGAGUCGAAGUGCCUCAACUAUCAGCAAGUCAGAUUACAUGGAAAUUCAGGAAGGGGUAAAUAACAGCAAUGAGGAUUUCCGUGAAGAAAACCUCAAGGCCGCAAAUUGCACCCUGGCCAAUACAAACUAUGUCAACAUCACAAAGAUGCUCACAGAUGUAUAACUGCAGGCAAUGUCCAGUCAGUGCGGGCUGGGAGAAGGGGCAGGUGUUCCAACUUGAUAAUGUUCAUGAAGGAGAAAGAAAAAGGAAGGAAUCAAUGUGUUUUGGAGUUAAACCUGCUACCGGAGAUGGCAGGGACCCCGCCGUCUUACAGGACCAUGUGAACAUCUCCCACCUUCUUGGUCACUUUUGCUAUCCUAUUGUAACCAAUAUCCAGAUGUUGGUGUAUGCAUGGUGUUACUCUUAUCUGUGUGACUCUUUUAUAGUAGUUACUUUGCCCUCGGCAAAACAGACAGUAGCCAACCUGUAGCCAAAAAUAGUAGCAAAAACACCGAAUGACAACAUUAGCCUCCACCACGAUGUCUACACCUUCUCCACCCCAGCUCCACCACAUCACUUCAUCGGGUUUAAAUAAUCAUCCAAAGAUAAUGCAAUACCUUGACUUCUUUCUGCCGUCUCUAGUUUUCUACAAAUGGCACAAAAAAGGACGGACGUGAAAAAUACCAGAUCAAGGAGGUCAAAUAAAGGUGACAGUGGAAUACUACUGGCUUGAUGCAAUUAAACUCUGCAUCAUCCUCUUGCAGAUGAUCAGGAAUUUCUGAAGAAUGCCGGAGACAUUAUUUAUGGGACACUUAAUAAGACCCGUGAGUAGUUUAACCGUAGGGUUGACACGUGCUAUGUUCAGAUGACAAAACCACCAGACUGUAGGAUGAUCACAUUGUUUUGCUUCUCUGCUAUUUCAUCUUGUUUCUUUUAUGUGAGGCCAUGGGUGUUCAGCAUAGACUUCACAUUUGUAUUGUUAAUGUGCUGAUGGGAAAGCCGGUAGUUUUAAAAAGCGGGUUACUUGCUUAUUUCAGUCUGUGUGUGUGUGUGUGCGUGUGUGUGUGUAUGUGAGGCUGGGUGUGUACACAUGGAUGUGUGUAUGGUUUAUGUUUCUAUUCCCUGUGCCUGGUUUCAUAACCACUCUUUGCUGCAUUGUUGUUUUUUUCACAUUUACUGCAGUGUGUCAAAUGGGAACAUGAGGGCCAUGUACUGAAUAUGAAAGACAUGUUAAAAAAUCCUCCCAUCAAAUCCAACACUGCACACACACACACACACACGCACACACACACACACACACACACACGUAUAUAAAAGCAAGUGAAUCCACCCUGCUUCAGCAACUCCCAGAAGCUGAACACUCCCAUUCUUUGCAUCACGAAUCCAUAAGAAGCACACAGAAUAGGAUUCACUGCUGUAAUGCCGCAGCAGUCCAGAUAACGGAUCACAUUGACAUUUUACUGUGACAUUGCAGCCUAAUGAAGCAAAUGACAUUCCUAGCUCAGUUACAGGGUCACCAAAGAUAAAUUCACUGCCGCUGUCCAUCUAUCUAUCUAUCUAUCUAUCUAUCUAUCUAUCUAUCUAUCUAUCUAUCUAUCUAUCUAUCUAUCUAUCUAUCUAUCUAAAUCAGUUUAGUUCAUAACCACUAAUGCUGGAAAUACUUUGGUGAAACCUGUAAAAUCUAUGCUUUCCUUGCAUUUCAACAAAUAGAAUAUUCUCAAACAAUGUUGCAUGACUGAGGUAAUUGUUAUAGCAUGCACUUUAAUAUUUAAUAUAGUCCAAAAAUAAGCCCACACACACAUAUGUAUAUUUUCCUUUGUGGGAUAUUUACUCUGUGCAAUAUAUAAGAAGUGUCUUUUAUUAUGAUUAUCAUUUUGUAAUUAAUCGUGUGACCUUUUGCUACUAGAAAUUUUUGUCUGUUUAUUUAUUUUUAUUAUUUUUUUUUCCAACACCUAAACUGUAAAUUACUUUCAGGGGUUUAACUACAAGGAGGUUGUGUUCAUUUUUUUUCUUUUUUUCUUGGUUAGCAAUAAGGUUAAUAUAUAAACCUUAGCAGAUUGCACUAACUGAAUAAUAAAAAGAAUAUAUUAAAAAAAGAAAAGGAUAAAGAUGGGAGAAAGAGAGAAAGUAAGAGAGAGAAAGAAAUGUGCACAUUUAAAUAUAUUUUUCUAAACAGUAUUCCAGGUAGGGCUCCCUUCAAAUCCUGAACUACAUUAAGCAGGUCUGAAAAUAUUAUAUUAUAUUAUAUUAUAUUAUAUUAUAUUAUAUUAUAUUAUAUUAUAUUAUAUUAUAUUAAAGUACCUGGUGUUGCAUGACUGUAAAUAAAUGAGGGGGAAAAACUUUGCUUUGAAAAUUCAACAUGGCUAAAUCAAUCACAGUGAGUGAUUGACAAAAGCUGUAAUCCUGCGAGUCAGUGGUGUUAGAUAGAAAGAUAGAUAGAUACUUUAUUAAUCCCAAGGGGAAAUUCAAAUAAUCC